GCAGAAAUUAAGAGGGGAAAACGCGUCCUUGACCGGGCCAAUCUUCCGUUUUUGACUUGUUUUACAUGCAAACUAUUAUGCAUGGCGGAUAUGGCCACAUAAAACAAGAAGAAAAAUAAUAAUCUACAAAAGUACAAAACCUUAUAGGAGGUUUUAACUCUAACAUUUUCAUUGAUUUCAAAAAUAUUCAAAACUAAACACAAAGGCGACCAUACCAGACCAGACCAAACAAGAAGAUGACCAGAACUCCUCUUCUACAACCCAUCAUCCUACUUUUCCUACUCCUCAUCAUCCAAAUUCGCUCCUCCGAAUCCGGCGACGAAGUUGCAGUCUAUUGGGGCCAGAACGGGAACGAAGGCAGUCUCACAGAAACAUGUGCAACAAGAAUAUACACUACCGUGCUGAUUUCCUUUCUUUCGAGCUUUGGGGAUGGCCAAACCCCUGCACUCAACCUCGCAAACCAUUGUGACCCUUCUUCUCCAUCUGGGUGCAAAUCCAUUGGGACAGAGAUCAAGUAUUGCCAACAGCAAGGGAUCAAAAUCAUGCUCUCUCUGGGAGGAUCUGCUGGGAAUUACUCCCUGUCUUCCCCAAAAGAUGCCCAAAAUUUUGCUGAUUACUUAUGGAACACUUUCUUCGGCGGCGGAGGCUUUCAAGACGUCAUUUUGGAUGGUAUAGAUUUCGACAUAGAGGUUCCUAUGCCAUACUUGGACCAUCUCGCGCGUUCCCUCAAGUCGCAUAGCCGAAAACUUUACUUAUCUGCGGCACCUCAGUGCCCAUUUCCUGAUGCUCAUCUCAGUGAUGCCCUUAACACCAACCUUUUUAACUAUGUCUGGGUACAGUUCUUCAACAACCCCAGCUGCGAGUAUUCGCAAGGUGAGACUGAUAGCUUUUUCACUGCAUGGAACCAGUGGGCUGCCUCAGUCAACCGUUCGAAAAUAUUCCUGGGUUUGCCAGCAUCUCCGGAUGCGUCUGGCAGUGGCUAUGUUCCUGUUGAUCUGUUAGUUUCUAAGGUGCUUCCCACAGUAAAGAAGUCACCUAACUAUGGAGGUGUGAUGCUGUGGUCAAGAUACUAUGACAGGUUGAGUGGGUACAGUACCAAUAUUCGAAUUACUCCUCUUUGCACGCCUCUUCAAAGUGCUCCCACAUGCAGGAGCCGGGAUAAGAAUGGCUUCGAAGAGCGUUUCGGUCACAUGUCAUCUGAUAGUGUUAAGGUUUAUGAAACAGAGAAUCUCGGAGGGCAGUGUUGUGAGACCAUAUGCUGGAACAAUUGUUCUUGUCAGGCACAUGCACCAGUGAAUCAGGCCAACAAUAGUGGGUGCCAGAUAUGGCUUAAAGGAAGCAGGUUCAUAGAAGAUGCUGCAGGGUCAAAGGUGUUUGUUGUUAGGCACAAAGUGAACAGAUGGUGGAUAUGGCUUAUUGUUGGAGUGGGAGCAAGCUUAGCAUUACCUCUGAUAUGUUACUUAUGCUAUGUCUCAUUGAGAAAAUAUAAAGCAGCUGUGGACAGGAAAAUGAAGCAAAAGAAGAUAUUACACGAUAUUGGAGGCAACGCCAUGAUUUUCAUGGCUUAUGGCAGAGCCAAAAGGAACAAAAAACAAGGGAAGGAAAGAAAUGAGGUGGAAAUAUUCUGUUUUGAGAGCAUUGUGGCUGCCACAAACAAUUUCUCAGAUGCUAACAGGCUAGGAGAGGGCGGUUUUGGGCCUGUAUAUAAGGGGACGCUAGCCGAUGGGCAGGAAGUAGCAAUAAAACGGCUUUCUAAAAGUUCUGGACAAGGGCUUACCGAAUUCAAAAAUGAAGCUAAGCUUAUGGCUAAACUGCAGCAUACAAAUCUUGUGAGGCUUUUGGGGUUAUGCAUCGAAAGAGACGAAAGAACAUUAGUUUAUGAGUACAUGCCAAACAAAAGCCUUGAUUUCUACCUGUUUGACGCGAGCAGACGAAACGUACUGAAUUGGGAAAAACAAUUUAACAUCAUUGAUGGAAUUACUCAAGGACUUCUUUAUCUACACAAAUAUUCAAGGCUAAAAGUGAUACAUCGUGACUUGAAGGCAAGCAACAUAUUACUAGACGAAGAAAUGAACCCUAAAAUAUCUGAUUUUGGCAUGGCUCGGAUAUUUGGAUUGAGAGAAUCCGAAGAAAACACAAAUAGAGUAGUUGGUACACGGUGAGUUUAUUUAUAAGAAGACAAUUCAUUCUACGCACCUUCCAUGUGACUCUUGGUUGAUUUGGGAUUCUAAGAUUCAUCUUCUUUUUUCUUGUCUUCCCUCCUCAAGUGGUUACAUGGCUCCAGAGUAUGCAAUUAACGGCGCUGUUUCGACCAAAACAGACAUAUUUAGCUUCGGUGUGUUGCUAAUAGAGAUCCUUACUCGCAAAAAGAACAACAGUCGGUUUGAUCUAGACCGUCCUCUUAAUCUGAUAGGAUAUGCAUGGCAACUUUGGAGAGAAGGCAGAGCUUUGGAGCUAAUCGACGCGGCACUAGUUGAACAAAGUGUGCUGAACAAAUUUCAGAGAAGCAUUCAUAUAGGGCUCUUGUGUGUACAAGAUCAAGCAAGAGACAGGCCUUCCAUGUUAGAUGUGAUUUCGUUUCUAUCGAACGAUUCAAUACAACUUGCUAAACCGAAAAGGCCAGCAUUCUUCAUAGGAGGUGAGGUUGCAGAAGAAUCAGAGUUGCAGCAUAACAACAUGAGGCAAUUAGAGCAUUAUUCCACAAAUUAUGUCACAAUUUCUAAUCUAGAGGCAAGAUGAAAGCCAGCCUCAUUGGCAUCUCAAUGUUUUUGAGAAUUUCGAAGCCAUAACUCCAUAGCAUAUUAGGGUGCUACACAAAACCACUUUAUUAUGCAGAGAAUCAGAGAUCUAUGAGCAUUAUGGUGUGUGUCUAUGAGACUAUGACAUUUGACGAGCUCAGAGUAAUGAAAUAAACGGAAAUGUCAAAUUCCUGACCUGUUCAUUGGUUGCUUGAAGCCUGCCGUUGUGGCUGGCUCUCCGAUUGAUUUGCAGGAAACAAUUGUUUGUUCAGGGCUCAUGAGACGAAGUAUUUUAGAAGCACGGUACCAAUUAUUUGCCUCAGAAUUAUCAUAAAAAUCAUCAACCAAUAAAACUGAACUUCCUUC